AUGGCCCACUGCCAAGGCAAUGGGGAUGAACGACACGUUCUCAGCUGUCCCAUUUGCCUGGAGCUUUUUGUCGACCCAGUCCUCGUCCACUGCGAGCGUAACUUCUGCCGGAGUUGCAUCGCUUGCUACCGGCAGUCCCAGCAAGGAUCGCUGUGUUGUCCGGAGUGCGCCCUGGACACGCUGGAUCUGAGCCUACAAUCCAACCGGAUUUUGAAGAAUGUGACGGAGCUGGUGCGGAGGCUGGUCGGCCUAGAGGAGGAAGAGGGGGAGCGGGAAAAUGUGUGCGACCACCACGGGGAGAAGCUGAGCCUGGUUUGCGAGACGGACGGGAUGUUGGUUUGCCCCGUCUGCCGCGACUCCAAGUUCCACAAACAUCACAAGUUCAGGCAGCGGAGCGAGUUCAUCGUGAGAUGCAGGGCUCAAGGUGCUGCUCUCCUGAAGUCACUGAAUCAAAAGGUGAAAGCUUUGAAUCCAGUUCUGAGGAAUCAAGAACUGGAGGUUGCUGGCACAAAGGAAAUGGGCUGUGAUCUGAUCUGCCACAUUGCAGAGCAGUUCGCUGAUCUGCACCAGUUUCUCCACGAAGCCGAGCAGCAGCUGACGCGUACGCUGGAGUUUCAGGUGGAAAUCAACCUGGCGGCGAUGGAUAGAAACCUGACCGGCAUGCGAGCCUCCCUCCACUCCAUGGAGCAGGAUGUGACCAGCAUCGAGAACAAGCUGCAGCAAAGUGAUAUGACCUCUCUCCAGGAGAUCACCUGUUGGAGGCACCGGUUCCCUGGAAAAAUUCCGAAAGUUAUAUCAAGGAACAUCUGCCUAGGAACAUUCAAGGGACCUUUACAAUACAAACUAUGGAGAGAAAUGCAGAGUUUCAUCCGUCCAGCUCCUGCUGCCCUGACACUGGACCCUCAAACGGCAAACCCGUGGCUCCUGCUUUCCGAGGACUUGGCCAGUGUGAUGGUGACAGAGGACAAGCUGCUUGUCCCCGAUGACCCAGCAAGGUUCGAUAUCUGCGUCUCUGUCUUGGCUGCAGAAGGGUUUGUGGACGGGACUCACUAUUGGGAGGUGGAGGUUGCGGGCAAGUCCAAAUGGUAUGUGGGAGUGGCCAGGGAGUCCAUCAACAGGAAGGGUGACAUUACCCUGAAGCCAGAGAAUGGAUACUUGACACUGUCCCUGAGCAAUGGGAAUGAGUACUGUGCCCUCACCUCCCCAAACCCCAUCCCACUGCCCAUAAUGAAGCAGCCUGAUAGGAUUGGAGUCUACCUGGAUUACAAGGGAGGACAAGUAUCCUUUUACGAUGCCGGUGACCUGUCCCAUCUCUACACCUUUACUGAGACAUUCACAGAGAAAAUAUUUCCUUUCUUUUGUCCCUGUUUGAAUGACACUGGAGACAAUAGUGCUCCCCUCUCAAUAAGAGUGUUCCAUUAACUGGCUGCGCUAGAUCUGAUCAGAUCAAAAUGUCUGUAUUCAACAUGUUGCCCGACAGGAUGAUGGGUUGUGAGGAGAGGAAUGAGCUUCGAAUUGUCCGAAUCUAAUCUUUUGUGGCCUGUUCAAUGUUUAUUGAAGCAAAGAUUUGUACAACUAAACUGUUGUUGACUUGUGCCUG